UUUUGAAAAGUGUUUCAAAACAGUGCCAAAGGUGGUGGCAGACCCUUCCCCACACACAGCUUUCCAAGAUGGAUGAAGACAAGUCUCCAGAUGAGUUUCGAACUUAUAAAGGGCGAAAUCUUAUUCAGAGGCCGUUCUUCCUAAUCUACGCACUCUUGGGUGUCUCUUACUUGCUGAUUAUCAUUGGCUUUGUGGUGGCCCUCUCCAAAGUAGCGACAGUUUCAUCAGAAAUCAGCAAGAUGCGCACCACACUUGCAAAGGAUCCCUUCCAGCAUGAUCUACAUUUAUUCCCGUGUGGUGCCGACACCAGACAAUGGGAAUAUUUUAGUGGGAAAUGCUAUUACUUCUCCCUGAAGGCAGUCUCCUGGCACAUGGCCAAGGCUCAGUGCGAACAGCAACAUUCGCAGCUGGUCAUCAUUGAUGGUUUUGCCAAACAGAAUUUCAUACAGACCCGGACCAGGAAUGAACGCUUUUGGAUCGGACUCCAUGACCUACGGACUGAAGGCGAAUGGAAAUGGCUGGAUGGCAGUAAUUACAGAACAGGCUUCCAGAACUGGAAGCAAGGAGAACCCAACAGUUAUCAAAGCCGUGAUGAGGACUGUGGCCAAGUUUGGAUCAAUGGGGAAUGGAACGACUACACCUGCAAUUCCGAAUCCUACUAUGUCUGUGAGAAACCAUUACCAGUCAAACCUACAGCUGCAUCAAAGAGGACCUGAGCACCUGCCUUGAUUUUCCCUUGAUCUACAUACCUGGCGCUUUUCUGAUAAAUAACGAGGUGCCAGUACUCAUGUCUUGAUAAUAGUGCUGUGGGUGCCAGCACCCAAUGGUUGCCACAAGCAGCCAACAAAGAGGUGCCAGUACUCUGUACCGGUGAGUACCAUCACACACAAAAAACCUUGUUCAUGCCUAAUACAAGCAGCUUCAAACCCCCAACCCUGUGACAGAUCCCAAAACAUGUCAAUUUUGGACAAACCACACAAUGUACUUUUGCCAGGAAAACUUUUUUUUUAAAUCAAACAGACAUUUAAGGUUAAAAUCUAAUCAUUUGGGAAACUGGUAGAUUUACUGGCUUCAGAUUAUUUGGCACUUCUGCAGCUAAAUCAAAUUAAGUGACGUCUCAUACCAUUUCUUAAGCAAUUGUUUCAUGCAACCUUACAGGGUUCCUGAGAUUGUGUAUGGAAAAUACUUUCAGCACUAUAAAAUAUUAUAUGAA